AUGAGCUUAAAUACGAUUAUUGACGCUCAUUGCCACCCAACAGAUACACCAGAGGAUCUUCAUUUCGUCCCAGAUUUGUCUUUGGGGAAAAUUAUAGUCAUGAGUACUCGCCCUAUGGAUCAAGAAUAUGUCUCAGAAUUGGCAGAAAAGUAUCCCGAAAAGGUAAUUCCAAGCUUUGGUAUUCAUCCUUGGUUUUCGUAUCUGAUAUAUGAUCCUAAUGGGUUAACUCAGUCUGAUGAAUCGACUAUCAAGACUGAACAUUAUAAAAAAAUCCUCUCACCUGAACCACCGGAUGAUUUUAUUCAAGCUUUACCUCAACCUACAUCCCUUACAGAACUUUCAGAAACCAUUUCCCGACUUCUCGCCAAACAUCCUUCUGCUUUGGUUGGCGAAAUUGGAUUAGACAAGCCUUUCCGAUUGCCUGUUGGGCCUUAUGAUGCUAGAUCUUCUUUGCCGCAAGGACCGUUAUCGCCUCACUAUGUUCGUAUGGAACAUCAAAUCAAAGUGUUUGAAUCCCAGCUGAAGUUGGCAUCGAAAGAACAAAGGACUGUCAGUAUUCAUUCAGUGCAAACUUACACUUAUAUAUACGAUGUUUUAUCGAAAUUCUGGGAUGGUUAUUGGAUACCCUCAAAAUCUCAAUUGAAGAGAUACAAACCAGGAGAAUACGAAUCUAUAAGAGAAGGUCAAAAAAAAAACUAUCCACCAAGAAUCUGUUUUCACAGUUACUCUGGGAGUGGUCAGCAGAUUUCCUUGUUUUCUGCUCACAAAGUGCCGUCCGAGUUUUACUACUCAUUCUCCAUUGGCAUCAACAGUCGUUAUAAAAAGAUGGAAGAUACAAUUCAAUCUGCUCCGGAUGACCGAAUUUUACCAGAAAGUGACCAUCACAGUGCCAAUAGCCUUGACAAGCUUGUGGGAGAAUCUGUUUCUGCUAUUGCUCAAGCAAAGACUUGGAGUAAAGAAGACACUAUGAGUAUUUUAAGCAAAAACUCUUCUUCCUUUUUAUCGUGA